GCAAACGCAGGGGAUGGUGGGAUAGAUGGGGAUGUUUUCAUCAUGGCGGCAUCCAUUUCGGGCUAUACUUUUAGUUCUGUGUGUUAUCACAGUGCUAACAGCAACUCUGAUCAUGAGGGCUUCCUUUUAGGAGAAGUAAGGCAAGAGGAAACUGUCAACAUAUGUGAUACACAGAUCAGCAGUGCUGAACUCCUCCAAGUAGUAGAAGUCCACAAUCAUGAACCUUGUGCACAGCUAUUUAGCUUUUAUGAUUAUGCUGGACAAGUCAAUGACAAGAAUCUUAAGAGAAUUCUUAAAGACAGACGGAAGAAUGUCAUCGGCUGGUACAGGUUCAGGAGGAACACGCAGCAGCAGAUGUCGUUCAGGGAACAGAUCAUCCACAAGCAGCUGACCCAGCUCCUGGGCGUGCCCGACCUAGUCUUCCUCCUCUUCAGCUUCAUCUCCACAGCCAACAACUCCACACACGCACUGGAGUAUUUGCUGUUCAGACCCAACCACAGCAGGUACAACCAAAGGGUGACCCUCCACAUCCCCAACCUGGGCACCACCAGCCAGCAGGAAUACAAAGUCUCCUCUGUCCCCAACACCUCACUCAACUAUGCCAAGGUCAUCAAAGAGCACGGGGCUGAAUUCUUUGACAAAGACGGUGUGAUGAAGGAUAUCAGAACAAUUUUUCAAGUCUACGGUGCACUACAAGAUAGAGUGCAAGCUGUAUGUGGAGAGGUAGAGCAGAGUGAACGCGUGAAAGAGAAAGUCCAGGAGGAGGUGAACAAACUCAAACAGCAAAUUGCUCUCAGGAAACGAAAAUCUGCGGAGGCGGAGAGAAGACUCCCUGAACCAUGUCCUACUCCUGAGGAGAACUCUGAGCCCCCGGAGACCUCCCUCCUGUCCAGGGUGGUUUUCCACACCCCAUCCACCCCCGAGCGGCCUGGUCCCUCUGCAAAUCCCCCUUCCUACGCAGACCUCCUCUCCUUGCAGGAUGACUCGCUCCUCCCCUCCUCGUCCUCCCCUACCAGUGCUGCGCUGCUUCCCCGUCCCCAAGCUGUGGGCUCUCCAGGCCACCCUUCUCCCAGUCCUCUGGGUCUGGGCCUCAGUGCGGGCCCCAGCCCUGGUCCUAGCCCCAGUACGCCCUACCUGGGGAACGGGGACGGAUCCAGCUCUGACUCCCUGGACAGACAGGCUGCAGGGCAAGAGGAUGAUGAUGAUGAUGAUGAGGACAGCAGUGAGUAUGAGAACCUUGUGAGCGAGGUGGCACAGUUGCCCCUGGUUACUGCCAGUGUGUUGGCGCAGGGCCACCCAGCUGCCCUCAGUCCAGAUGGCGAUGCCUCAGUCUGUGGCUCACAGACUUCGUAGACGCCAGCCAUGGGGACACAAUUAACUGACACACUGGGAGAGGAUGGCGUCCCAACCAAUCAAAGAUAAUAGUCUAUAUUACAGAGGAAGUACCAGCCUUGAAAAUAAAAGGCAUGCGCAGGUGGUAUAUUCCACUGUGUAUUUCUGUUCACUUUUAGUUUGAUCUCCAUUCUGGGGGGUAAUGUCAUGCUUCAUGGGCUAUACUUUUCUGUCUAGCGUGGAAAAGCUAGUCAGUUGGAGCCUGGCUGCCUCCAAUGGAUGUGUUUGAUUUAGAGACUGAGGAGGUUAUAACGGAAUGAACGCCAACCGGUUUGUCCGACCUCUCCGUACGCAUAGACUCAUUCCGCUCGUCCUGGAUCAUGCUGUGUCACAUCUGCAUCAUCAGCUUUGAGCAUCCAAUUGUACCAUUACCUCUUGCACUAUUUUUGCCUUUUAAAAAUGUAUUUAAGACAAGCAAAGGGAAAGUGUUCUGCGGCCUUCAAACUUUUAUUUUUAGUGAGACAGGUGAGUGGUUAUCUUUUUUCUUUCCUUUUUUGUUGUUGCUUAUUACAAAUAAAUAAUAUAUAUGUAUGUACAGUUGAAGUCGGAA